AGGAUAUAAAGCUUUUCUUAGAAACCUUCCAGUCAAGGAGUGUCGCAAGCCCAGAUGAGUUUAUGGACAUCGACGUGGAAAAUGACGAUCCCAAUUCCUAUAAGUAUAAAAGGCAACUUCAAGCUAUAGCAAAUAGAGAGCAAGAUGUUCUUAUCAUCGAGUUGGACGAUAUUGCAGCUUGGGAAGACAAAGCCGAGGGUGGUUUACUUCAUAGAAUUCAAGAAAACACGCGUCGUUACAUCAAAAUGUUUUACGAUGUUAUUGAUAAAAAAGAAAAUAGACUAAUGCCUGCACCAGAAAGAGAAAUUGAUUUUGAUGAUGAUGUCAUCGACGUAAUCAUGCAACAUCGAAGAGACAGAGAUAGCCGAAGGUCUGAAACAGAUCGAACUUCAUUCCCACCAUCAUUGACAAGGAGAUAUACCAUAUAUUUUAAACCGUUAUCGUCUGAAAAACCUUAUUCCAUACGUGGCGUGAAUGGUAGUUGCGUUGGCCAUUUAGUGACUGUACAAGGCAUCAUUACUCGUGUUUGUGAUGUAAAGCCAUUCUUAAUGGUUGCUGGGUUUUCAUGUGAAAUGUGUGGUGAAGAGGUGUUCGAAGAAGUGACAAAAAAAACUUAUUUGCCACGCGUCGAAUGCCCAUCAGAAUCUUGUAAGACAAAUAACGUGAAAGGGAAAUUAUAUAUGCAGACGCGCUCUUGUAAAUUUGUACCGUUUCAAGAGGUCAAGAUGCAAGAACUGACCGAACAAGUUCCAAUAGGACAUAUUCCUCGAACAAUGACCAUCUUAUUGCACGGUCCUUUGACGCGUUCAGUAAGUCCUGGGGAUGUAGUAAAUGUAUCUGGAAUCUUUCAAGCAACGCCACAUUAUGGGUAUAAGGGAGGAAAUACUCUACUGACCGAUGUUUACCUUGAAGGUCAGUAUGUUCAUCAGCUCAAAAAACAAUAUGAUAAAAUGGAAAAAAUUCCAGAAAUUCAGGAAAAGGUAUACAAACUCGCUAAGGACCCAGAGGUUUAUACAAAAUUAUCGAGGAGUAUCGCCCCGGAAAUAUAUGGUCAUGGAGACGUGAAGAAAGCACUGUUAUUAUUGCUCGUUGGCGGCGUAACAAAAACGAUGGGAGAUGGAAUGAAAAUUCGUGGUGAUUUAAAUAUAUGUUUAAUGGGAGAUCCAGGUGUUGCCAAAUCGCAAUUACUCAAAUACAUAUGUAAAGUAGCACCACGAGGGGUAUAUACUACUGGACGUGGCAGUUCAGGCGUGGGUUUGACGGCAUCAGUAGAGCGGGAUCCAGUGACGAAUGAAAUGGUACUUGAGGGUGGCGCAUUAGUUCUUGCAGAUAAUGGUAUUUGUUGCAUCGACGAAUUUGAUAAAAUGGAAGAUACUGACAGAACAUCCAUUCAUGAAGUGAUGGAACAACAAACUAUUAGUAUUAGCAAAGCAGGCAUCACAACUACAUUGAAUGCACGUACGUCAAUUCUUGCUGCUGCGAAUCCACUUUAUGGACGAUAUAAUCCAAAAGUAUCUCCAAGUCAUAAUAUAAACCUUCCUGCGGCUCUUUUGUCGAGGUUCGACAUUCUGUUUUUGAUCUUGGAUAGGCCGGAUAUGGACGAAGAUGCAAGGUUAGCACAUCAUGUAGCAUACGUUCACAUGCAUGGUAAGCAACCCCAAACGGGUACCGAAGUGCUGGAUGCAGAUACGAUCAGACAUUACAUUGCUGAAGCUCGUAGUAAACGGCCAGUUAUUCCAGAAGCGAUAGCAGAACAUAUGGUCGAAACAUAUUGCGAUAAUCGACAAGAACAAAAAAUCGCAGAAGCACGAAAGAAAGAAUUUACUUAUACAAGUGCUCGUACGCUUUUGGCAGUGAUUCGUUUAUCACAAGCAUUGGCGCGUAUUCGACUCGAAGAUGAAGUUAAACAAGAUGAUAUUGAUGAGGCAUUAAGAUUACUUAUGGUAUCAAAGGAAUCAUUAAAUGAUCCAGCUGACAGAGAUUCUAGAACUGAUAGAUCACCGACAUCUGCUAUUUAUGAUAUUAUUAUAUCAAUUUUUCGAAGAAGUAGAACUAAUGGUACGCUUCAAUAUCUCGAUAUCAAAGAAAGAGUGAUUGCGCUGGCAUUUACAGAAGAUCAGUUAAAGGAAUGUAUCAAAGAAUAUGAAGAAAUUGGUAUUUGGGCCUUGAAUAGUGAGCAAACUAUUUUGUCGUUGCUUCAGGAUGAUCAGUUGGAAGACGAUCAGAACGAAAAUGAUGACUUAUAA